AUGGCGCCACGUUCAACAGUUAUAUCGUUCGCUCCCAUCGUAGCGUUAUCAACGCUCGUAGCUCUAGUGCUACAACUUCACGGGGUCCUUUUGCUAUGGAAAAUACAUCAAACCAGGCAGAUUGAUGCAAUCCGGAUCGGCUUGUUGCGGAAGAAAAGUUAUUUCUUCCGAAAUGUAAAGCAGCUGAAGCAGAGAGAUUUGUACAGAAAAAAACGAAGCUGUUGGCAUAAACCCGGUCGAACUGACUUGUGGUGGAAAAACAUCUGGACGGGAGUAGCACCUGAAGAAUGUUGGAAAGAGAACUUUCGGAUGUCAAGGGCUGCUUUUGUGAACCUGGUAUCGGAGCUAAGGCCAUACAUUUCACCAAACCCAAAGUCACCUAACCACAGGGCAUUGAGUGCAGAAAAAAAGGUUGCAGUUGCAUUGUAUUUUUUAAAAGACACUGGUUCCCUGAGAAUGACAGCCAAUAGUUUUGGAAUAGUACUCAACACUGCAUCAGCUGUUGUAAAUGAGGUUUGUCAAGCUAUUUCAAACUAUCUUGGCCCGAAAUAUCUCCAUCUUCCUGAAGAUGAAGAAAGCAUGAGGGAGAAGGUAGCAGAAUUUGAAGCCAAAUUUGGCAUGACACAAGCUUUUGGUUGCAUUGAUGGGACACACAUUCCAAUUCAGUGCCCAUCAGAGAACUCACAAGAUUUUUUCUGCUAUAAGCAGUUUUUUUCAUUAAGUGUGCAGGCUGUGUGUGACUAUGAAGGCUCCUUCAUGGAUGUUGAAUGUAAGUGGCCUGGAAGUGUCCACGAUGCAAAGGUUUUUGCAAAUUCUUCCAUCAGUGCCAAAUUAAGAAGUAAUAAAUUGCCCUGUACAUUUCAGACUCCAAUUCCAGGUGGUGUCAAAAUACCUAAUUACCUCUUUGGUGAUCCAGCUUAUCCAUUGCUUCCUUUCUGCAUGAAAGAGUAUGAUUCAUGUACCAGUAAUGAACAAGUUGUUUUCAACAACAUGCUGCGUUCUGCCAGGAACCAAAUUGAAUGUGCUUUUGGCCGGCUUAAAGCAAGAUGGUCCAUAUUCACUACAAAAGUGGACUUCAAACUUGAGGCAAUACCAACAAUUAUUUAUGCAUGUUUUGUAUUACAUAAUUAUUGUGAGAAGCAUAACAUGUAUGUUGAUCAGGACUUGGUUGACUCGCAAAUUCAACUUAUGAAGGAAAAUGAAGAUCAGUUUAAAAACACUCCUGAUCCAAUUUACUCUUGUGAUGUGGGAGAAGGGAGUGUUGUGAGGACAACACUCACACAAUUAGUACUGAAGAAUCUUUAA